GUCCACAUCAUGGCCGAGGAACGGCAACCCGAAAACGUCCAAGAAGGCGCCGACGCGCCCGACGUCCUCCCGGCAUCCAAAGAAGACCGCAAAACCGCUGCAGCCCUGAGCAGCUUAGACGCCAACCCAUCCGAAGAUGCGAAACCCAAGAAAGAGGCAGAUCUGAAAGCGUUGAAUGAGGCCAUGAAGAACUUGGACAUGAAUGCCGCGAAGAAGCCCAACAACAACACUUCUGCCACUUCAACCACGGCCACUAAGAAGGAGGAGGCACCCAAGAAGCUCGUCAAGGUCGAUGCGGCGGACGUGGCGAUGCUGGCGGAUCAAUUGGAUAUGAGUAAGACAAAGGCUACGGAACUUCUCCGUGCGCACGAUGCAAACGCGUUGAAAGCGAUCAUGGCCUGGGUGACUGCGUCCAGCUGAGAGCAGCAUAUAUUCGUCUCGAAACGUGGUAAGGACAUACGGUGACUUGCGUGAAGCGGUCCAAUAUGCCGGCGCCUCGCUCAAUGAAAGAAAUGGAGACAAUACGCAAGCUCUGAUGAUUAUCAUCGUGGGACGAGGAAAUGCACCAAGAGGCAGCAACACUCUCGGCCCAGAUUCGACGCGUAUGAAUGAUCAGUAAUGGACGUCGCUAUAAACGACAAUCGCCUAUGAGAUACGAAACACUUCAAUUCUCGGACUGCAACGCCCAGCACAACCUCAGUCUGUCUAGCUGUUCUGUUUCUCCAGCUUCCCCUCACUGCCGACUCGGAAACGAACAGGUAUUCCACUAGACUGAUAAUGCUCAAAAUUCUAGUCCGUCCGCAUAAGUCAACCUCCUCCUUUUGCUAUCAUGACCGAGAUCCAACUUGCGUACUUUGUUUGCAGGGACAGUCUGUUGGAGGAGAGCGCUAGGGUCUUUCAGGUAGUCCGGUGUAGCAGGCUCAUCCUCAGUGUUCUCCUUAUCCGCAGAAUCGAACAUCAUCGAAGACUCCUCGGGACUAUCGAACACGCCUUUCAUGCUCGCGCGACCAAUCGAGACCCGCCCCGCGCCACUUUUCCGAUCUCGGAUGAUAUUGCCCCCGUUGGUUUUCAAAAGUCCCAUAGGCUCCAUGCUCUUUCGACGCCGCUUGGCUGUGCGUUGGUAAUCGUCGAGCUCCACGGCAUACUCCUCGUCGAAUUCUGGCAUGCGACGGCCUUGGGCAUCACAAUCAUUCACCCAUCGACUGUUGACGCAGAAUAUCUCCUGGCCCUUGCCAGAUUCUGCAAUCUGCUUAUUGUGAAUCUUCAGGGCCUGCAGCACCUUUGGUCCUCCCUCUUUGUAGACGACGUGAGUGACAUUCUCGUUGAAUGUCUUCGUUGUCUUUGCACCAAGGCGUUUCAGAAGUACGGCAAAGGACUGAGAUGCACAUAUGCCGUCGUGGGUGUAAACAUCAACUAAAGCAACCACGUUACGCAACGGCGCUGCUGGAUGUGGAGUCAUGGGAACCUGUCCGGGGGUCUCCGCUGGCGCCUUGAGCGGUGCUUUCAUUGGAGUCGAUGCCGCUUUCAGCGCGAUCUUGCGCAGAGAUGUUGGCUUGUGUGUUGUCGCUGGCCGUUUCGCAGGAGACUUUCGUGUCGGAGUGCGAAACCGAGUCAUUGGCAUUGCAGUGUGCGCUUCGUACACCGAGCGAGAUGGCAUACCAGGGAAGCGCUCUGGAAGUGCUCGUUGUGGGGUCGCCAUAUCUGGCAUCUCAUCCUCUUCCUCGCCAUGGGUUGACUUCCUCUUGUGCGAGGCUGGGCGGGUCACAGAAGGUUUCUUAGAUGGCGUCUGUACUGCCGACGAGUUCUUGGCAGUCGGACUGUUGAGUAGCUCUUCGUACGACUCUGCCGGCGGCAUUCCUGGAAAUCGUUCCUUCGUCGCUGAUCUAACAGCUGCGGGUGUCCGAGCAGCAGGCGUUCGUGGUCUCGACAAUGAUCGAGAUCGACUUCGAGAGCUUCGAUCUGUGCUGUUGCUUGAAACGCGGUUGGCCCCUUUCGCAGGAGAAGCGGUCUUGUCGAACCAAGCUUCAGCAGCAGGCUGUGUAUUCAGCGGCAUUCUUUCUCCAUCCGCUGUCCUCGGCCUGGAGCUUUCUGACACUGAUUUGCGACGAGAAGAUAUGGUUGAUCGCGCGUAGCGUGGUGUAGCGACUGCUUCCAGAUCGAGCGGUGUAACAUUGGAGUCUCGCGAAUCAUCAAGUAGCACUGGCGUUUCCGGCUGCUGGGGUAAAGGCGAAUCCAGCAUGAGCGUCAAGUUACCCUCGACUGUCUCGAUCUCUUCUGGGACAUCUUCAGCACUGGUCAGCCUUAUUGGGGACCGCUUGACGGUGCGUGGGCAUGUUGGCUCAUCGAUAGCUAGUGUGACGUCUCCUUCCAUGCUCUCAUCGUCCUCGAAAACUUCUUCGGCAGUGGCUAACUUGACAGGCGAGCGCUUGACAGUUGUAGGGCAGGUUGGCUCAGCGAGUAUGAGCGUCACAUCCCCAUCCAUUGUUGCACUCUCCUCAGAGAUAUCCUCAACUGUGGUUAACCUGAUGGGUGUUCUCAUUACAGGCAACGGAGUAGAAGGCUCGUCGCAUGCAAGGGUCAUAUCGCCAUCAACGACGGAGUUGGCAUCGUCGGCAAUGUCCUCCACUGUUGAUUUCUUAACCAUAAUAUUGUCGACAUCCGCCUCUACAGCGUCCACACCAUUCUCGAUUUGCUCUAGAUCGCGCUCUGCGAACGAAGACGCGUGCACGAAGUCGCUGAUAUUGACUGUAGCGUCCAAAGAUUCCCGGACAUCAUUAAUGCUCAGUCGUGGCAUAGAUAAGCUCGGGUUGAAUGCUAUCUCGACAAUGGACGAUUGUCGUGUGGCCCCAGCCCGGGCAGUAUCAUUUGAAGCCUCUCCGUUUGUGGAUAUCGCAGCAAUUUCGAAAUGCUGAGUUGCCUCUACCUUCGGCAGAGUACGGAUCGGGCUGGCGUCACCGUCGAAAUUGAAAGGAAUGGCGAUGUCAUCUUGAAGAGGUUCCCAUGCCACGGUUUCUGCUCUUGGUGUGCCACGGAUCCCAGUAGCCUCCACAGAUUCAUCUUCCGAUUCGCCCUCGGUCUCCCAACCGGUGAUGAGCACAUUGUCAACGGAUGCAUCUCGCGGCGACAUGAAUUCUUCCUCGUCGAUCUGCUCGUCCACGAUAGUCUCCUCUGGAUCGGGAGCGGGGUGCUCUUUCGGCGUGUCAUCAUGAGUUACUACUGUUACAUCAACGUCUGCGGUAGAAAUGUUUCGAAUCGAUUCGUCCACAAGCAGGCUCAUGUCACUAUCCUGCUCUUCCAAAGCCUCAGCAUCAUCCACGGUCAUGUCUGGUCGGUCGCCUGGCAAAGAUUUAUGCUCGCGUUGUGUAGCAUGAGCACCUUCGCCAGAAGGAUUAUCCGCAGCCCGCAGAGCCUGUAGCUUUGGGAAAACCAUGGCUCUACUAUGUGCUCGAGCUACUGUUGUCGGGCGAACCUCUGAGAUUGGCAGAGUUGGUUUGCAGUAUGGCAUUUGUGUUUGUGGAGUUCCUUGCUGCGUUCCCAGCACGUGGAAACGCCUCAUUGGUGUCUUCAAUGAUAUUUCGACAUCGGGUUGUUGGAUGCCCUUUGCAGGACUGUAUCUUGCCUGUUCACGUGGAUCACACCUCCGCAUAGGUGUCUUGGGGGCACACAGCUCGUCAUCCGAUGAGUCCUCCGCCUCUUCCUGGAGCUCAGCCUCACUCUCUUCAUCUUGUGCUUCAUUCGUCUCGAGUUCUGGUUCGUCCAUGGUCUGCUGAGCUAAGUCUGUUGGCGUUGUCGGUCUCGUCGACAUGGGCGGCUCCCCUUCAAGCAGAGCUGGUGAAGAACUGGGUUUCCUGGACGUUUUCGCGUUCGUACUCUCCAUGAAUUUCGCAUAGUUCUGCUCCUCGUCUGCUCCCACGCCCGGCUUGAGUGGUGGUAUGCCAGCAUUUUCAUCUGAUACAUUCCGCUUCCGUAACGCGGGUCGCCCUCUCGCUACCGGCUUCGCUGGCUUCGCAGGAGCACUCUUCAGCAUCGUCGGUUUUGCAUUAGUAGCCUUUCUGACUGGUGCUUUCGAGACUUGUGUGAUCUUCUUGGGCGAAAGAGGCGCGGCUUUCUCCUUCGCUGCAGUCGCUCGUGUCGGCCGCGUCGCUCGUGGUUGCGGGGGCUUUAGUUCGGGCGCCUGGGAAUUUGCCGACUCAGCCUGCUCUUCCUCUGAGCCCUUUGCUUUCGCCUUUCGCGUGUUGGCGGCACGCGUCGUCUUGACUGCUGCCUUCGGCGCCGACGUAGCCUUGGUUGUGGUUUUGAGUGUAGUCUCUCUCUUGGCGGGCUCCUCGUCCUUGCGAAAUGGUGGACGCCCUCGUCGCGCCGCGAGCUUGACCGGUGCAGGAGCAGGUUGUGCCAGUUCGUCCUCGUCGUCUUCCACCAUCUCAGCUUCAGGCUCCGGUGCGGCCUUUUUCGCUCGCGUAGCUUUGGCCUUUGGUGCUGCUGUUGCGGCGGGCUUCGCAGUAACCUUGCGCCCCGGUCUCUUCUUGAGCGCC